AACUUCUCGAAAACCUUCAUAUGCUCCGUCUGCAGAGAAAUCGCCACCGACAGGCUCCCGUCGUUCGUCGGGCUCGGCAGCACGAAGCUCAAGCCCUCGUAUGCGAUCCCGCCCGGCCCCAUGAAGAUGGGUCGGCCCCAUCCAAAGUCCGCGUCGUGGAUCGGUAGCCUGACCCAGCUCGUGAUCCCGAGGUUGGGGCACCGGAAGGUGUGGGCCCCGCGCACGAGCGCCCGGAGGUCCGGCUUCGAGCGCCGACCUCAGGUACUGGUCAUCCAUGCGGGCCAGGGCGUCGUGGAUCUUGCUCGCCGCGUGCCAUACGGGCCUCGACUCCAGCUCCCCCGACGCGGCCAGGGGUGUGGCCGUAAAUAUCACGUUUCCGAAGUACCCCCUGGGCAGGGGCGGCUGGAGCCGGGUCCGCCCAUCGGUCGCGAUGUAGAGCUUCGUCUCCUGGUCGGGGGGCAAGCCGCGGGCCCCGCAGGCCGAGCGCCACACGUGGCCGGCCAGCAUCUCGUAGGAGCUGUACGCGACCGUGUUGCCGUCCUCCUUCGACUUGGACUUGAGGGUCGCGAGCUGCUCGCGCGUCAGUUUGAAUAUGGAGACGCGGGUCUCGGGAGGAGGGGCAUUUUCGGCAUUUUCUGUCAGGGUUUUCAUGGUGGGCGGUGGCUGGUACUCGACAUGCUUGAACUGGGGUUGGGGCGGGUCGCGGGCCCGGAGGAGGGUCCGGUCGAUGAAGGGGGGGACGGUGAGAUCCAGCCCGCGGGCCAUGUCGGCCCACGAGUUGAUGAAGUGGAGGCCCGAGAAGCCGUCCGCCGCAUGCGGAUACGCCGAGAUCCCCUGCGAGUAGUCCACCGCCGGGAUCAGCCGCCGGAGCUCCAAAGUCGGCGCGAAGUCGCCGUAAUCCGCCACGGCGCCGUCGGACUCGGCCUCCACAAACAGCACGCCCUCGGCGUUGCAGUCGAUCUCGAUCCGGCCGUCCUCAUCCCGCCUCAGCCUCCCGGCCAUGGGGUAGAACGGCACCAGGGCGCGGCCGAGCGCCGCCUUGAGCACGGCGGCGUUGAAGAAGUCCUCCGCGCCGGUGGGGAGGUAGAAGUAGACGCUGGGCGUGUGGAAGUUGGGGACCACCAGGUCGACGUUCGAGUUCCACAGGCCGCCGGACGGCGUCGCCGCCGCCGGUCGGACCAUGGUCGAGGCCUUAACGUCGAUCUUCAUGGGAGGACAAAAUUGGAAAAAAGGAUAAAAUGCUUGAUGCGAGGGCGGAGGAGAGUGGUGAAUCACGGCGGCGAUAGUGGUGGGGGUUUAAUUGAUAAUCUGAAAUUUGGGCGGUCAUUAUAUAAAUUUGGAGGCCUCACCAACCACGCC